UGGAAAAUAAUGUCGUUUCUGCGCAUGUUAAUAUUUGUUUAUCAUUUAUCAGCUCAUUGUGUACUUAAAAUCCGUGCCAAAGACAUUUUAAGUAUGGUUUUUGAGUUUCAAGCAAUAGUUAUUACCAAAAACAUUUGCAAUAUUUAUCUAAGUGCAUUGGAUGUUUGUAAAUACCAAAGGUGGUUGUCUAAGUUCAGAUCCGGUAAUUUUAAACUAACAACUUUAGACAAUGACGUAAAAGCAAAUCCAUGUUAAUCAAACAAGAAGACAUCCUAAAAUGCGGUCUUUUGUGUUUUGUGGAGCAUUCGCGGAAUCGUUCAUUUUGAAGGACUCAAAC